AUGAUUUUACUUGCAUGUUACAUUUUACUAUCAAUUCCAGUUCAUCCACGAAAAUGGUCGAGAAUCUUUGUACCAGUUUCAAGUCUUUUUCAUCAACUCGGUAAUCAAAUUGGUUUUCGAUCGACUACCGCUUACGAACCAUUAGCUAGUGAAUAUCAAUCCGAUUCGUCCUUUCAAACGCGUCGUGCGCCACACGAAUCAUAUGAAUUGCACUCGAAUGGUAUUGUUAAACAAGAUGGAAAUAACUCGAUUUAUCAUCAACUCGAUCUCCAAGCACGAAAUGACGAGAAUAAUAAUGAUACGAACUCGAAUCCGCUCGUUCUUCAACUUUCACCGCCAUCAUCAAAUGAUUUUCUAAUACAUUCGGAUAACAGAUUGUUGUUUCUAAAAGACAAUCUUAUCUUGCUUGUAUUCGUAAGUUCAAUCUAUUUUCUAUGGUUUAUAUUUAUUGCUGGCAUUUCAAUAGUACACGUUUUAAUUUAUAUCGCUUUAUUCGUCUCGCUUUUCUUAUCCGAACGGACACGACGUUUCGCGUUAGCGAUUCUAAUCUAUUUAACCUACCUACUUCUAUACGAUGCAUUACAUUUAGUGCCAAAUUAUACAGUAUCAAAUAUUCAUAUCAAAGAUGUUUAUCUAAUGGAAAAGAAACUCUUCGGAAUAUAUUCUAAUGGAAAGAUAAUUACACUUAAUGAAUAUUUUCAGCAAAAUCACAUUCCAUUAUUAGAUGUUUUCACCGGAAUUUGUUACCUGAACUGGAUUCCAAUUCCAGUUGCGUAUAGUUUGUAUUUAUAUCGAUACAAAACUAAACGAGAUUACAUGGAUUUUGCAUUUACAUUUUUAUUUACCAACAUGCUCGGAUUUGUUGUUUAUUAUAUCAUUCCAACGGCACCACCAUGGUAUGUGGAAUUGUAUGGAUUUGAAUUCAAUAUCAAAGCACGUGGUAAUCCAGCAGGUUUCAUACAUUUCGAUGAAGUCACUGGCUUGAAAAUUUUUUCAUCAAUGUAUUCCAAGAAUGCCAAUGUAUUCGCUGCUAUUCCAUCUUUGCACGCUGCCUACCCGUUAAUUACUGUACUCUAUGGUUCAUUGAGUAAAAAGCUCUGGUUACACAUUACGUUUGUUAUAUUUACCCUAUGUGUUUGGUUUUCUGCAGUUUAUUCUCGGCAUCAUUAUGUCUUAGAUGUCCUCGCUGGUGGAAUGUGUGCUAUGUCCGCAUUUGUACUCUAUCGUAUCCUAUCUCGUGUUCCAGCAGUAAAUCGACUCUUAGCUGCGUACAGUAAAUUAAUCUAA